AUGGGUUGUGAGAAGCAGUCUGAACUGGAACUCUUAGCAAAACUGGAGGAACAAAAUCGAGCCCUGUUUUCGGACGCUAAAAUUGUCCCCUCACUACAGACACAUCGACGUCGUGAAGGCUCCUUAUCAAGCAGCAUUUCUACUGGAUCGGGACAAGACGAUACGCGAAGUUCGGGAACACCUUCAUUUCAAAACAACGGUCAUACAAACUAUUCAUCAUUGUCAUCAUCUAAGUUGAAUAGUGCUUCUGGAGUUUCACUUCCUUUAAUGAUUGGAUGGACUGCAGGUGCACCUGUCAGUAGUUCUAUUCGAGAACAAUGGGAUUAUGUAGUGAAUAAUUGGGAACAAUGUUCUAAGAAAAAGUCCUAUGUUUCUGAUCUCAUUAGAAAAGGUGUUCCAGAUGAAUUUCGUCCGUUGAUUUGGCAACUGUACACUGGCGCUUAUGAUUCAGCUGUUAAAAAACACUAUCAUAAUUAUUUGUUAGUUGAUUCACCUGUUGAGAAGGCUAUUCGUCGAGAUAUUGCACGAACAUUUCCUAAACAUGAUUUAUUUAAAGAUGAGAAUGGUUGUGGUCAAGAAAGUUUAUUCCGUGUUAUAAAAGCCUAUUCAAUACAUGAUCCAGAAGUGGGUUAUUGUCAGGGAUCAGCAUUUAUUGUCGGUUUGUUGUUGAUGCAGAUGCCUGAACUCAGUUCAUUCGCCGUACUUGUUCAGUUAAUGAAUGAUUAUCGUUUACGUGAAAUGUAUAAACCAUCAAUGAUGGAAUUGGGUGUUUGUAUGUAUCAAUUAGAACAGUUGAUUGCUGAUAACCUACCAGAUUUGUAUACACAUUUUCGUACACAAUCAUUUGCACCGAGUUUAUAUGCAUCCGCUUGGUUUUUAACUCUGUUUUCAACAAUUCUGCCUAUACCGUUUGCAACACGAGUUAUGGAUUUUUAUAUUGUUGAGGGUCUUCAAUUCAUCUUUAAAUUGGCCUUAUCAAUUCUAAAAUUCUCUGCAGAUAAUUUACUUAGAUGUGAUAUGGAAUCUAUGGUAGCGUUUCUUCAACAUGAAGGACCAAUAGAAUGGGAUAAACAUUCCUCCGUCAUAUUUGAAAGUGCCUGUUCAUUUAAGCUGAAUACAAAAAAGAUGAAAAAAUUGGAGAAAGAAUAUAUGACAAUGCGUAGUCAAGAAAGAGAAGAGCAAAUCGAAUUACGCCGUCUUCGUACUGAAAAUGGUUUAUUGUUACAGCGUUUGGCGCGUUUAGAAGAAGAAAGUGCUGUAAUGGCCGACCAUCUUGUAAAGUGUCAGUUAAUACGUGCUCAAGAAGCUGAAGCGGCUAUAGCUCUACGUUGUGAAUUAGCCAUUUUAAGACGAGAAUAUUCUCUGCUAAAUCCAUCACAGAAUACAAAUGAAUUACUGAAUGGUGAAGCUGAAGACGACAUAAAUCUGAUACCGAAUCAUCGAUUGAUACAUAAUGAUGGUACCCAGGAUACUACUGCUACUGCUACUACCACAUCAAUAACAACAACGACGACAAUGCAGGGUUCAAUCGCGAAAACAGUUCCCACCAGCGAUACUGCCGACACCACUGUCACUACUACUGAUGCUUCAUCAAAUAAUACAACUAACACAAAACUAACCAAUGGUAGCAAUCAGCUGACGCAUAAUCCUCAGGACAACAGAUCACCAAAUUAUUAUUCUAAAGUCAAUUUCACAAUGGAUAGUAAUCAUUCACCGAAUAGUUCAUAUGAUUUUUGUACACUUCCAAGAUCAAGAAAUCGUGAUCAUAGCACUAACAAUAAUAAAGCCAAUAAUAAUAAUGGAACAGGGAAUUAUAAUGGUGAAGCAAAAACCGAUCAACUCUUAUCAACAACAAUCAAUCAGUUACAAACAGACUUGGUUAAUUCACGUUUCAACGAAGCGGAUGCUAAAAAGGUUUCGCAUGAAUUACGAUGUAAACUGCAUGAAUUAGAAGAGUCGAAAACAGAUCAAUCACUUCGUGCAGCUGAACAGAUCGCUGUCUUGAAAGAUGAAUUAUUCGGAGCGAAACUUAGAGAAACAGAAUUAGUCAAUCAGAUUGAAGAGUUUAAAAGGCGUUUUGAUGAUUUAGAUUCACUUUGGCAGAUGCAUCUUGGCAAGUGUAAAGGUGUCAACAAUGACACUAAACGUGCAUCCCUAUGGAUUGGUUCACUGAAUUCUCUAGAUGCAUCAGAAAUGAAUAAUAAAAUGAAAUUUUCCGAUCGAAUACUGGAGACACGAUUCAUCAAUCAAAUCAGUAGUUUAAAACAAAAGAUUACUGAUUUAACUGCACAACAAGAACUAUCCGAUCGUAGAGCUGAUCGGUUAGAUAAACGUGUCACAGAACUACUUGAAUCACGUACAGCAUUCCAAGCUAGAGAGCGUGAAUUAACUAUGGAAUUAAAACAAUUGGAGCAGAAAUGUGCAGACAUUGAAGCAAAACGUAAAGCUGAUGGUGUUAUGUGGCGAAGUCGUGAAAUGGAGUUGAAAGCCCAACUGGCCGAACGUAAACAAGGUUAUUUGCAAUUAGAAUAUCAAUAUGAAAGUUUGUUAACUUCUCAACGUCUUCAAGUUGCUACUGGCAGCGGUAGUCAGUCUCUAGAUAAUCAUGAUUUAUGCAUGCGGAGAAAAUCUUCACUAGACUGUGAUAAACUUUUAGAAUACAAUUCAAAUACGACUAUGUCGACUGGUAUUGGUGCUACUUCUAAUGUUGUCAAUACCGCCACUAAUGGUACGCCCAAUAAUAAUAAUAAUAGUAGCAGUAUCAAUGGUGUCAAUAGUUCAAGUAAUAAUAAUAGUAAUAGUAACAAAAGUUUCACAUUGGGGAGCUAUUUAAAAUUUGCUCAAUCAACACCUCAUUCAACAAGUCUGGCAAAUUCUACUGCAUCAACACCAAGAGUAUUGAAUCCAGACAACGGUAAUAAUAAUGACAAUGACUCAUCCCCAUCAGCGUACACAGUUAGUUCAGAGGUGUAUUCCAUGUGGAAAGAUUUGCCUCCAUCUGUAAUGACUGAGUCUAUUGGUCCAUUAGAAGAUCUAUGCCUCAUACCAGAUGAUCCUAUGAUUACAAGUGUCUACAUAAAUCCGUCAACAUCAUCAACGUCAUCAUUGUCGCCAACAAAGGAAGCGGAAGUGGCGAUAGCAGUAGCGAACACAACAACAGUAACUCUUACAACCUCUCCGCCACCGUUAACAUCCUCCACUUCUGUCACCUCUUCAUUGUCGUCGUCGAAUAGCCAAAAUUUCUAG